UGCUGGAAAUUAUUAAGCUUAAUAAGUUAUGGUUUCCCCAAGUCAGGAAUGGUCAUGCCACUUAUAAUGAUCGCCUUCUUGAAUGAAAUAUUAAUGGCUGGCCAUCAAACUUUCGCUUCACUUUUAAUACUCUGGUGGUCUUCAUGGUUUUUUGAGGGUCUGCUUAUGAAAACUUUGUGAGGAACAACUCCUACGGUUUUGCCUACUUUCAAAGAUUUUGACGGUGGCUUUGGCUUCUUGUACUUUUUAAAACCCCGUGGUUUUUUAGUAAAUUGUAGAACAUCCUUCAUUGAGGGAGAAAGAUCUUGAGCAUCUUCUAGCUUUUUGUAUGGUUCAACUUCGAGUUUGCGUUUUAUGCCCGGGUUAAAGUGGAAUUUGAUCCCAGACAUGUUCUUUUCUAAACCAGGAGAUGUUCUGAUGCUGGAGACUGAUACAUUUUCAUUUAGGAAUUCUUCACUUAAGUUUUCAUCAAGUUGAGAGAGACUUGUCAUAAUAAUUAUUUAUUAA